UGGUUUUUUUUUUUGCUAAACUAUAUGUAAUUUGCCAAACUCAUAGUAAAUUACAAAGUCUAGCUUGCUCUCUGAGUCUCAAUAUCUCACAUCGGCUUCACUCUCCACCGUCGCUGCUGCCUCCGUGCUCGUCACUGUCGUCGUAUCCGCAUUCCUGUAGGAGUUUCUUUCUUGGAAUAUGGAUCCUACCAUGAAACAAUUCCAACAAAAAUUAACAGAAGUGGAACUGGAAGCCGAGCUUCUUCUUUUGGCCCGGCAUCAGAUGGUUGAGAAUGAUAAAUUGAGAAAUGGGAAUAGAGAAGCACUGACUGCAUUAAGGAAGAGGGCUCGGACAACCAAGACUAGUGUUCCGACUCCUUUUGAAUCGAUGAUGAAGGGAGUCGAAGGGUCGAGGUCAAGACCCUUGGUGCAAGAAGUGUGUAACACCUGUGGUAACCAUGAUUCAUUCGAGAAGACGUGGAUGAUGUUUCCAGGAACUGAUAUGUUUGCCAGCAUCCCAUUCCAUGCUGCCCACACUAUCUUGGAAACAGAUCAACCUCGACUUGACUUUGAGGCAAAGAAGCUACAGAGCAUAGUGAAGGAAAAAUCAUUACUUAUUUCAGAGACAGGUGCCCUUGCUGAUAAGAUAGGACCAGGCGUGGUUAGAUCUCUUGUAACCUUAAACGACUAGUUAAAGUAAAGAUGCCUGAGCUUACGACUGUGUGGCGACCAAGUUUUUCUUAUAUCAAUUAGUUACAAAAUGGCUAUGUGUUCUAGAAGAAAUCUUCUUAGGGUAUCUGGGUGGCUUAUGCUUAUCUAAUCUUAUCUCUUGUAAUUAUAAACCAAAUGCUUAUUUUAAAUCCUCAAGUUUACCUCUUGGUUACUUCAUUCAAUGUAAUGGAGAUUUUGCCACA